AUGAAUAUCGAGGCCGGCGAUCGACCACAAGGUGCCUCCAUAGGCAAGCGUAAGGCUGCCUCGCCGUCUCCGGAGCGUGUCAACAGUGUCACCCCAGCAAGAUCCAUUGACGUAUCGGAGAACGGCCACAAGGGACGCGUCGCGAGGGGUGAUGGUCCUAAAUUAUCUGCUGCCGCCGAGCACCAAGCUACAGUAGAGAACGACGACAACGAAGGCUUGUCUUUCUCUCAUGAAAGUAGUGGAGGCGAUGAUCACGAAGAAGAUGAUUUGAACGAUGAGGAAGAAGGCAUUCUUAAAGACCUAUACGGGAUGUCUGAGUUCGACGAAGAUGAAUUGGGUCCUCCAGAGUUAGAGGUAGAGGAGAAAGAGGUUACUCUUCCGCGUUUCCAGGGUUCCAAGGCAAUUAUGAAAUCCUAUCGACACGAGGAUGAUGACGAAUUUGAAGAGUGGAUGCACUCGCUCAUAGUCACAAUCAACUAUGAAGGCAAGGAGCUAGGUAGAGCAGUUGGUCGAUACGUCAAGCGAAGCUACAUUCGGGACAACUUCUGGCGGAGCAUGGAAGAGCCUUGCCAAGAACUGUCAUCUGUUGCAUUCGAGCUAUUCGAUCGUUACGGACGGCUCAAAGAAGAGUUCGCUUCUCAUCCAGUUCGCAAGGGAACAGGCUCUUGGGGUCAUGAACUCGAUCUAGGAAACAUCUUUAUCCUUGAACAUGUUCUUGUCGAUAGACAAUGGCGUCGAAAAGGUAUUGGAAAAUCUCUUACAACUACGCUGAUCAGCAAGGCAAACACAGGCGAGCGAAGCUCAACGUUCACUAUUGUUAGCCCAGGUUAUCUUACUCGUGAGGUCGAGAAAGAGUCGAAUGGUAUGACAAAAGAAGAGGAACAAAAAGUUCAUGUCAAAGCUCAUGACGCAUCCACGGCAUUCUACCGAGCCCUUGGAUUUCGUAGAAUCGGCGCAUCAAGUUGCUUCGGUUUAGCGGCAGAUGUUAGCCAUAGAGCCCACGCUCUCGCGAUAGCUGACGACUUUGAUCUACCUGAAUUAGAGCCCGAGACAUUGCUUGAUUUCGACGACAAGGAUGACUUCUUUGGGACAAAGCUGGAGGAGGCGAAGCUGAAUCAGCUUAAAGAACGGCUUCCCCUACAUCAUGCAGCCCAGUCUUUGCCAGACGGCGAGUGCGUGAAGCAUUUCCAAUGCGCCAAAAAAGCUGAAGAAAGUGAGCAGUGGUCGAUGACCGAUCGACAUGGAAAUAAUGUACUGCACCAAGCUGCUCUUGGAACUAAAGCAAAGAGUGUACAGUGGCUGCUGGACAACGUCAAUCAAGAUCAGAGACUCAGCUCCACCAGGAAUCGAGAUGGCUACACUCCUCUGGAAUUGCUAACCGAUCAGUUGGAGACCUUACGCAAUACAAGACAACAAGGGCUCGCCACUGUCGUUACCUCCGAUUCAUUCCGUGGCUUUAGCAAUGAUGCCAUUCUUUGUAUGGCUGCUCUCAAGUUCCUCAAGACUCCAAGCGAUAUGGAAAUACUUCAGCUCAAGUUCGGAUGCACUUGUGGGGGCUGCAUCGAUGGUCUUCUCUCUCCUCGAAUGAGAUUUGCCUUGCUGUGCCAAGCCGAGAUUGCCCAUGAUACGCUGUUGAUGGAAGUCGACGACCCAGAGAUGUGGUGCAUGAUGAACAUCUAUACAGAGCAUGUUGCCCCAGACAUCCAGCGGAACUUCCGCACAAACAAGAGUCUACGACGAGGCUUUGCCAAUAUUUUUGAUCAUGCGGCCGAGGCCUUGCGUACCAAUGAAUUGCCAAGUAUCCCCAACCUCGUCAGCAUCUGGAUGGACUCCGGCGAGUGGCCACCAGUGACCCAGAACUUCUACAAACGUGGUGGUACUACUGAAAGUGCUUUGCGAGCCAUCUUUGAGUUUGCACGAGAUCAGGAUGAAUGGGCCGGCGAUGGAGAGCAUCGCGAAACCUUUGGUGACGAGAUCGACGCUUUACCAAAGUGCCGAAAUGAUCAUGAAUUUGGUUUCGUUGCUUUGGCUUGUGGUGUUCCAGGCUUUGGUCAGUACAUGAGAUCAGAUGCGGUGAAUAACCUGAUCUGGAUGAUCCGACGAGGAACGACGAUGGCUGAAUAA